AUGGCUCUGCCACUCGCCAACCUGGCCACUCAGAUCCCAGUCUUCAAUCCCAGUGGCACUGGUGGGCCUUCCGCGAUAGACCUCAUCAAGAGUCUCUCCGAACACAAACACCUCUUUCGAGCAAUUGAAUCCCAACCCAAAGCCGGCGUAUAUGAAAGUUUCGGCGAAGAGUGGUCUUUGUGCCUUUCUUAUCUUGAAAGCGAGGUCCAUCGAUGCGCCCGCGAAGCGAGUGCAUUUCUAGAUGACAAGGCCCGAGGGGGUGGACGUGGUGAAAUGGAGACAGAGUUGCAUGACGACCUUGCGCAGGUAAUGCUUCCACUGUUCGACUUCCUCGAAAAGCAUGCGCGUGGAAUGCAUUGCUCCAGCAGAUUGGCGCGGACUCCCACCCCGUCAACACUUUUCAUGAAUUACUUUCGCGCCCACUUGAAAGCAUUCGAUGGAAACACAAGGGGCCCCAAUGGAGAAGACACCACGAUCUAUGGCCCGGAAGGAACCCCGGUUCCUCCUCGCUUCAGGGCACGCGACCAUGAUGAUCUCAAUCCGAUCGAAUGGUUGCUAAUCCACAGGUUGAUGGAUCCAUUCAUACAAUUGGUAUGCCGUCCGAUCCGCCUUCUUGCAAACAGAUUGAUUGGGAAGCGACGGCGAAGCUCCGAUGUCGACCAGAAAGCUGUGAACGCGACCGUGAUCUCCGUCAUCGCAAGAAUGGUCGUCUGCAUGCUUGCCAGCCUGUCGCUCGCCGCUGCCAUCGGAGUCCUGGAUAACAUCGGGAGCCAAAAGAAUCGAAUAAUCGUCAUGACGGUUUUCGCUCAGGUCAUCGCGUCGUCAGUCCAGUUCCUUGGACAAGAGUCGACCCCCAUGUACCUCCUCAUAAUCUCGUAA